UGUUUUGGGGGUGCCCCGCCCCCGCACGUGCCCGGACGCCCGGGCCUCCAGUCCCUCGCUCGGGGCAGCCACACCCAAAGCUCUGCGGGUCCGGGCGGGGGGUCCCGAGCGCAGAGCCCCUUGGGAUUCGGGAGGAGGUCCUCGGGGUGAGGAAGGGGCGGCCGGGGGUCCCCUGGGAGGGAGGCGGAGGCUCGGGACGUUCCGCUGCCCUCUCGGGUUUCCUGGGCCCCCUCCCGUCUCGGUCCCGCUUUCGCUUUCGGCAGCGGCUCUGCUGCUGCCCGAGGGGUCCCGGGGGGGGGUCGCGGGGGCGGCUCCGGGAGCGCUCGCGGGUCCCCGUGCGCCGCCCCCAGCUCGGCACCGCCAUGGACUUGCCCCUCCCCYGCUCUGCUCUGGUGCCGUUUCUGCUUCUCCUGGUCGUGUCCGCCCCCAGCAGCUGCUGCUCCUUCGGCUUUAACCCCAUCAGCAGCACCUUCAACGCGCACCUGAACAACCUGACUCCCUGGCUGCUCCUUGACUACCCUGUGGCGAUGCCCAGCAACCUGGAGCCGGACAGUGGCUGCUCUGAUCUCUGGGGGCUUCACUUUGGGGUGGUGGCUCUGCAGCGAAUGCUGGGAGUAGCGGGGAAGGAUUUGGCACCCCUGCUGAGGACCCUCCUUGCCCAGCUCCACUUUGUGGCCGAGUGCGGCAUUCAGGACCCCCAGGGCUGCGUCCGGCUGGAGACGGUGAAUGUGUCGCAGCUGUUGGAGACCCUGGUGCAGCACCUCGGGGAGCUACAAGGAAGACCCCCCCACUUUCCUGGCUGCUCCCGCCUGCGCUGCCACCCAGGCCCGACGCUGACCAGCCUGGCARUGCAGCACAAGGGGACCUUGGUGGCCAGGCAGGGACCCCCCAGCCCCCCUGGACACGGGCUGGUGCUGCUGGGGGGAGUUGGGGGGGCCCUGGGCCUCGUGGUGGCGGCCUGGGUGCUGCGGAGGAGACCCUGUGCCCAGGUGGGGAUAAUGUGGGCACURAAGGGCACUGGGGACACUGGAGGUGACGGUGCUCCUGGGGGCACUGGGCGUGCUGGGGCACAGGGAGCACUGGGUGUGCUGUGUGUGUUGAGGACACUGGGGACCUGUGGGUGCUGGGUGUCUUGGGGAUGUUGGGAGCACUGGUGGCAGUGGGAGGACUGAGGACACUGGGGAGCACUGGGAGAUCCCUUCCCUCAGCCCCCCCCCAGCCCUUACAGGGAUCCCUGACGUUGGAGCAGGACGGGACCUGAGUUGCUGAGCGGGACUUGGAGACAGACACAGGUACUGGGACGUUCCUGGAUAUUGAGAUUGCUGGGAACCUCCUGAGGGGCCCAAGGGGAGGCCCCUGGAUCAUCAGGUCUCACCCUAUGCCCCUGUCCAGGCUGGCCUGAGCCACUGGAGAGAGAUGGGGAYCACCUGGUUCCCUGCUGGAAGUCCUUGGGGGCUACCCUGGGAUCUCCCGGAGCCAUGGCGAGAUGGGGGGCGAACAAGCCUGGCCCCCUGCAGGGCCCAUAAAGCUGAUCUUGACACCCUGA